AUGCCAUCAUUUGAAGAAACAUUGACAUGUCCAAUAUGUAUGGAUCUAUUCGAUGAUCCUCGUUUACUACCAUGCUCACAUACGUUUUGUUGCAAAUGUGUUCAUUCCAUCGCCCAUAAUCGUUCGUUUGUAACAUGUCCUCUUUGCCGAUAUCGUUUUGUUGUUGGACAAAUUUUACCUGUAAAUCGUAUAGUACUAUCACUCGUGGAACAAUUUCGACAAGAACAACUCGAGGAAAAUCGUUCGAUGAAUAUCAAUGCGAAAUGUUACGAUUGUAAAUCGUAUCAAAAACUCGAACUCUGCUGUCAUUGCGAUAUACUUCUAUGCAAUAAAUGUCAUAAUCGACAUGGAAUGGAUUGGAAAGCUCGUGAUUAUAGAACAAAUAAUUUGCUUUUAUCUAAAGUUACUUGGUUGAAGUUUCAAGUAAAUUUUAAACUACGCCAUGAGAAAACUUCGAUACUCAACGAAAGAUUACAUGAUAUUGAAUAUAAAUUAAGAAACUAUCGCCAUCCUUGUAAUCGUCAACAAUAUCAUGAAACUAAACGUCAAAUAGAAACAAUUACCAAUGAUUUACGUCAUAUCGAUAUGCAAUUAAAGGAAAAAGUCGUUCAAAAUAUCAAUAUUCAAUCACCAAUUUGUAUUACGCCUCUGUCGGCAUCUAGUAGUGGCUAUGGUUCUGAUAUGAAUUAA